AAAGACAUAAAAACAGGAAAUGUUUUUUCAAUGUUAUUAUUAAUUCGUUUAUACAUUUCAAAUGGCGGACAACAAUUGGAAUGCUUUCAAUACAUCAGAAAGUGGCAACAAUCAGAAUGGAGAUGAUGAUUGGGCAGAUUUUGGUGGCUUUGAGUCUGCAUCACCGGCAUCCAAUAUAUUUGGCAAUUCUUCUGCAUCUGCUACAAUUCCUUGGGCUACAGUAUUUCCUGCAACAUCGUCUCAACAAUCCAACAAUUCUUCUGUCAACAGCCAGCCAAUUAAUUCUGCUGUAUUUAAUGAUGGGGGUGACUAUGCUGUACUCAAAUCUAGUGCUACCAAUAUACCUUCAUUUCAAAACAAUCCUCUAAUUCAAAAUUGCUGACCCAGGUCAAGGAUUUGCACCUCAAAGUAGCUCUUUAGGUAACCGAGUAACACAAGAUUUUUCAAGUAAAAUAGACUCUCAGUUACAAACAAGUCUUGUUCAAGCACAACCUUCAGAGAUCUCUAGCAUAAAACAAAGGUUUCAGCCGAGGGUCCGCUUUGCCUCAAAGAACUGAGUUUCCAUUGAAUGAGGUGUUAAUGACAUCAAGUAAUGUACAAGUAAGCCAAUCAGCCCCACCAUUGCCAAGCAGAGAAAGAACUGGGGAUAGUCGCAGUGCUGUUCAUGAAGCUGAACUAAAAAAUGUUAAAGUUGAAUUAGAAGAAACAAAAAGUAAAGUAAAUGAUUAUGAAGAAAAAUUACAGAUAUCCGAAGAGAAGUUAUCUCUUGCAGAAAGAGAAAAAAUCAGAUUGGAAAAGAACAUGGAAGAAAUGAAAGCUAAGUAUACCGAAGCCACGCAGCUAGCAAAAGAUCAGUAUCUUGAAUUACAAAAACAGAAAGAAAUGUACGAUCAGUUGCAGGACGAACACGAGGAAAAAGUUAAGAAACUGAGGGAAGCUGGACAAGAGUCAUUUGCUCUAAUAGUUCAAGAAUACAAGGCAUUAUCGACAACAGCUGUAUCACAGGAACGCGAGAGAAAUGAGAAACAUUUACAUAAAAUACUUGAAGAAGAGAGAGAUAAAUUUACGGAAUUCAUCAAGCAUCAGGGCGAAACUUUGAAACUUAUGGUUGUCGAGGAACAAACGAAAGGAUUGCAUAAAAUUGAAGAUGCUUUAGAAGAACAAAAGGCGAAAUAUGAGAAAAAAUUGAACGAUUGUCUUGAAGAGGAGAGAAAGAAAAAUCAAGAACUGCUCGAAAAGGCCUUAGAGGAAGAACGCGCCCGCGGGGUUGCUGCCGCUGACGAAUUGCUACUCAAUCAGAAGAAAGAGUUUGAGUCUAUGAUCUCUUCAGUAAAGAAACAAUUUGAAGAAAAUCUUUGUCAGGAAAGAAAGGAAACGAAAAAUUUGAUUUCAAAGUUUGUUGAAGAUCAGAAAGAAGAAGCUAAGAGCAAUUUGAAUGAAACAAUGGUCGAAGAACGCGAAAAAUCACGUCAUGCAGCUGUUGUUAUUAAAGACCAAUUGAAAGAAGAAAUGAAAGAAUAUGCAAAAGAAAAAGAAAAAGCUGAUGAAGCUUUGCGACUACGUAACUAUCAAAGUAUGGACGUGUUUUUACAAGCAAUUCGAACACAACUUCAGUCUUUAAUGAACAACACAGAAAUCAAUCGAACUUAAAGUGUUUUAGAUUAUAUAAACACGGCAACAAGACUUAAGCAAAAUAAACCCAUUGUUUUUAAUAAGCUUGAUGCCUGCCUCUGGAAAAGGUUUGAGAGAAAUACACAUUUAAUUAAA